AUGAAAGCCUACGUGUGUGUGAUUGCAUUGAUUGCCCUGCUGGCUCCCACUCAAGCCACAUUUGACAAGCUGGGUUUAUUGGCUGGAGGCUCACUGGGUUAUGGAAAUGUCUAUAACGGUGGCUAUGGCGGAGGAUAUGGCAUUGGUUAUGGUGGAGGAUAUGGUGGCGGCUAUGGAGGAUACAGAUACGGUAGCGGUUAUGGCGGCGGAUAUGGCAGUAACGUUAAAGUUGUCAAAGUCACUGUGGUUCCCAGCGGUGGCGGCUAUGGCGGUGGCUAUGGAGGUGGUUAUGGCGGUGGCUACGGUGGUGGCUACGGUGGUGGCUACGGUGGUAGCUACGGUGGUGGCUACGGUGUAACCCCCGUUGCCACUGUAGCUACUCCAGUCAUAACUGCCGUCUCAACACCUGUUGUUUCUGGAUAUGGAGGCUUCUAUGGCGCAGGCUCUUACGGAUACGGUUAUGGCAGCAAUGUUAUUCCUUCUUAUGGAGGUGGUGUAGGUUUAGGUUACGGAGCAGCUGCUGACUGCUUCUAA